GAUGUUUCCUGGAAGAUUUCAUAUCAAAAGAUAACAAUGAAUUGUACGAUCAAGAAGGAAAAUAAUUUUCGAAAGAGGAAUUUACGGUGUGGAAGAUGUUAAAAACUCGUUACCAGUCCCUCCAGACGGAGUGAGCUUUGAAAGUUUGAUGAAAGAUAGAGAGGAACUUGAGGGAUUUCAGAGGUUUUUGGAGAAAAGAGAUCCCAAAGAUCCAAACGUCGAGCUGAACAAAGAGAACCUUGUUGAGUAUCUUCGAGAUGACGAUACGUUUGUGGAAUACUUUAACACAUUUCUUUCAUUGCCAUGCUUUCAAACAAGAAUUUACUACGACAAACAAUCUGGCCUUUUGGAAGAAUUUACACAGAAACUAGUCAAAGAUGAUUGUGGAAAUAUUCAAAAGAGACACGAUCCAACCAGAAACGAAGUUCAGAUCAGUUACUGUGUCACAGUUCUCGAUCACCAAUCGACUUUAAAAUGGUUACAAAAGUACAGAUUAGAUGAAUUCGUGAGAAGUAUGAUUUUCGCAGAAUACAAGUUAUCAAAAGCUCUUUCAUCGGCUCAGGCAAAUUAUUUCGAGAGAAUCACUGGAAAUAUCUCACGAGGAAAAACAUUCAUUACUGAAAUGAAAACAUGUGGAAUCUCUUCUAAAGAAAGUUUCAACAGUCAUUUGGACGACCAGUUUGGAAGUACAAGUUCCUCAAGCACAGAGAAACAAUCUUACAAAAGAAACGACAAAACAAGCGGUGACGUCAUCAUAGGUGCUGACGUCAGAACUAUUGACGUAAGAGAAGAUGUUAACGGUGCUUCAAAUGAUGAAGUGCUAACAUUAAAUGUCUCGGGUAACAGUAAUAAAGGGAAAGGAUUUGAUGAAGAAGAAAAGUCCAAGAAUGAACAUUCAGAUGACUUUGUUGAGCUUAAAAAUGAUGAAUUGGUAAAGAAAAGAAACGAUGGAGAUUGUUUCUUGCAUAAUACAACAAGCUCCAUGGAUUCUUUGCAAUAUAACGGUAUUUCAGUGGAAAGCGAUCAAAAAAUCAAUGAUAACGACGUUAACAGGAAGGCCUUGCUUUCAUCAAAAACAGCCAUGGACAAGUUCAAAGACUUCCUGGUCGACACUAAAGGCGAAAGUUUGCUUCUGCUUUGGCUGCAAAUUGAGUAUUGGAAACAUAUUAAAAAUAGCGAAGAAAGAAAAAGAUAUGUUCAGGAAAUGAAACAACAAUAUGGUUCGCCAUUGGAGUUACCACGUAAGAUAAAGAAAGACAUGUUAUCAGGAUUAGCUGAAGAUAUGAAUGAAGCACAGAAAAUCGUUGAAGAACCAUUGUUAAAGUAUUGGUGUAAAAGGUUCACGUUACAUGAAGUAAAUAUUUCGAAAAAAGUUCAUUCAUCUUCAAAAAUGUCCCCAUCAAUACACAUUUGUACACCGAUACAUAUUUCACCAUAUCCCACCAACGCUCAAUACAACCCUAGACCACAUCCGUACAAAACACCACAGUCCCUCAACGCUCAAUACAUCCAUAGACCACACCUAUACAACACACCAGAAUCCCUCAACGCUCAAUACAUCCACAGACCACACCCAUACAACACACCACAAUCCCUCAACGCUCAGUACAUCCCUAGACCACACUCAUACAACACACCACAAUCCCGUAUAGUGAGUUAUUCCAGCAGUAGUUCACAUUGGGAAAGCAACAUAUCUUUACAACACGUGAGUCGCACGUGCAACAAAUGGAAACCGACGCACCUGAGAUCAAAGUCAGCACGUGGACGUAAAGUGACGACGCCUUAUCACACGAACGCUGGGAAGCGACAGCUUGAGAUACACGCAACGCCAGAGAAGGAAGAAUUCGGAUUUCAAAAACGACCAAUCAGCGCGUUUCCAAGAUGUUCUGACGUGGAAUAUUUUUCGCCAAUCAGACUUGUCAUUGCUCCAAGAAUCGCGCCUAGUUUGAGUACAGUCUUGGAACAAAGGUGGUAUGGCGUCAUGGACGAUGCACGUGGACAGCAGUCACGUGAUUCAGUCGAGAAGGACGAAACCUAUGACGUAGAGCGGUCGCUACGUGAUAGUUUGGAGUACCAGACUGAAUCUGGAUGUUUCUUGAAAUAUUUCAUAUUAAAAGAAAACAAUAAAUUCUGGUCCAACUGCCUGUCUUUCUGGCAAGCGACGCGAGACUAUUCCGCUUGUUUCGAAAGUGGUCCCUUCUGUUCAGAAACUGUGAUUUUCAAGGCCAAGUGGAUAUACGAAAGAUUCUUAGCUCCAGGGAGCGUCUGUGAUAUCAACGUUUCAUCCAACGUCAGAGAAAAUAUAAAGAAACAAUUGGAUCCGCCAUACGAAGAUCUGUUUGAUGACGUAGAUGAUCACGUGUUGGCGUGCCUCAAAGAACCAUGGGAUAGUCUUUGCCGUGAUGAACGAAAGGAGUACGAAAUGAUACCAAAGAGUGAACAGUUGCGUUACAUUACGGUGAAAUUGAACGACAACAAUUCACGACGAAAAAUAUCUUUGUUAUCGAACGAAUUGGACGAUCAAGAAGGAAAAGAAAAUUUCGAAAGUCGAAGGUACGGUGUGGAAGAUGUUAAAAACUCGUUACCAGUCCCUCCAGACGGAGUGAGCUUUGAAAGUUUGAUGAAAGACAGAGAGGAACUUGAGGGAUUUCAGAGGUUUUUGGAGAAAAGGGAUCCCAAAGGUUGGUGGAACUUUCUGUUUUACAUGCCUGCCAUCACAGUAUGUUAGAGCACGUGUUAAGAAGGAGUGGAUCACGUGACGUCUGUUGUCACGGCGACCCGGGUCA